UCCGGGGUGUACUUGAAGGCAGCACAGACAGCUAGUCGGGCCCACAGAGGAGCAGCUCGCCUUGUAGGAAGUAAAAAUGGAGGAGUACCCAACUAACACUACUAAACAAGCAACCGAAAACCUCGACGACCCUCCCAACAGCAGGCUUUUCGUCGUCUCGAGUCGGUCAACAACGGAGGAUGAGCUCCGGGAAAGCUUCUCCGUGUUCGGAGACAUCCAGGGGGUGUGGGUGGUCAAAGACAAGCAGACCAAGGAGUCCAAAGGGAUCUGCUACGUGAAGUUCGCCAAGUCUUCUCAGGCCUGUCUAGCCAUGGAGGAGAUGCACGGAAAAGUGCUGGUGGAAGGCUCGAAGCCCGUCAAGGUGUUUAUUGCCCAGUCACGUUCUUCAACAAGACACAGAGACGUUGAGGAUGAAGAGCUGACCAGGAUCUUUGUCAUGAUUCCCAAAGCUUUCUCGGAGGAGGACCUGAAAAACACAUUCAAAGAGUAUGGUGAUAUUGAGUAUUGCGUCAUCAUCAAGAAUAAGUUCACUGGGGAAAGUAAAGGACUGGGCUAUGUGAGAUACUACAAACCCUCCCAGGCAGCCAUCGCUAUAGAAAACUGUGAUAAAACUUACAGGGCCAUCCUGGCUGAACCUCGCUCCAAGGCUACAGUAACAGAAGACUACUCUGCUGGUGCCAGAGGUGAAUACGUUGGGAGCAAUAUUGACACCACGAACCAGUAUGCCUUCCCUAUGGGUGACCCUGUUAACUACCAGCCCAUGGACUACCGCUCCAGUGACAUGACGCGGUGCCUGAUGAUGUCAACAAGGGCCGCACUGAGCCAGGAGCAGAUCUUUGCUCUGUUUGACAUCAUUCCCGGCAUGGAAUACUGCGAGCUGCAGAGAGACGCUUAUGGAAUGAGCAAAGGUCAUGCUUUGAUCCGCUACAGUAAUCUCGGAUCAGCAGUUUACGCCAAGGAGAAGCUCAACUGCUUUGAAUAUCCACCUGGAAACAGACUGGUAGUAAACUAUGUUGACGACGGAGAGGACCGCAGCAGUCCUGUAGGUCGGAUGGCCAUGCAGUUUGUUGCAACCCAGAUGAUGUCUUCAGUGUGGAACGGACCCUCCUCCAGCCAAAGUUUCGCUCCGGUCUCCCCGAUGUCCCGGGUUCAGACAGAUGUCAGCCUGCCACCUCUGAAGAAGCUCGCUCCACCUGACAGCAAGGCAAAGGAGCGCUUGUUUGUUGUGUUCAGCCCCUCCCCGCUGCCCCCAGAUGUGCUGGAGGACGUUUUCUGCCGCUAUGGUUCACUCAUCGAGGUUCAUUUGGUUCCUGGAAGGAAGGUUGGAUACAUGAAAUAUGCAGACAAACAGUGUGCGGAUGAUGCCAUGGCAGCGCUCCACGGUCGGGUCGUCAACGGCGUGAAGAUGAAGGUGAUGCUGGCCGAUCCUCCCAGAGAGGAAUCGCACAAACGUCCCCGUACCUACUAGGACCAGGUGACAGAAGUUACUGGUAAGUGCCACGUUCUCUGCUGCAGGGAACACCAUUAUGUAUAAAUCAACCAUUGAGUACCAAAGUUUUUAUACAACCAUGUAUUGUACUGUAAAUGUAUUCUCUGUAAAGCCUGUUAACAUGUUUAAUGAGAGCUACACAUACGGAGUAGAAAAGAUGGAUUUCUCACCUUCAUGUGUUGGAAAAUAUAAAGUUGCUUGGCGAUCAACACACCUCCAGUUUAUGGUAGCAGCGCGGAGGCUAAGCAGUGUACUGCUGUGGAUUUGGGCAGCAGCUAAAUGUAUUUUAGCCACCUAAAGAAAGCAAUAUCAGUUAAAAACUUAUGCUGUAUUAAUAAUAUUUUCAGCACUUUCCUUUGCUGUCAGAAAGCCCUUAUGUGGGUGGCCUCGAGGUCUUCCUCUCCAUUUUGCUCACUGAAAAGCCAUCAGACUCCUUUUGACAAAAACAUUUUACCUCACUGAACACUAAUCUACCAAUGCCUUAAUCAAUCAAUCAAUUUCUUUGUUAUUAAGUGUCUUUUGGUAUUUUAAAUGGUUCGUACGGAUUCACCAAAAUCACACGAAAACACAAACAAACUAAUGGACUGAGGCAGGGGUAGACCACCAACUGCUUUGUUCUGCGAGGUAAAAAUGUUGUUUUUGUCAAAGGACCGGUGGCUUUGAAGAGAGCCCAGAUAACUGGUUUCUCUUAGGAAAGGGCUGUCUGAUGGAAAGUUAAAGUGGUAAACACUCUAAAUAUAGCAUGCACUUUAACUGAUGUUGUUUUUUGGUGGUUAAAGGACAUCCUGUUGCUGUCCCCAUCGAGAGCAGAAAUUUUUUAGCUUCCAUGUCGGUCCUCUUGCUUGGUUUUCCAAACUGGCGACGUGCUGACCGCCAUCUGCUGUCCUCAUACAACCCCAGUUCAAAAAAACCCAAACUAUCCCUUUAACCAAAGUCUAAUCUUGCAUCUGAAAUGUUGUACAUACUGUGUGAGAGCUGAGACAUCUGCAGUCCUCCACACACCUGUCCACUCCUGUACUGUUUUUGUUUUUUUUACCUUUUUCUUGUAAGUAAAUCACUGUUGUCAGCAAGUUUCUGAUGACGGUUGCUUCUCUUCCUGUGAAUAACACUGCAGCUUCUUGUUCCCUAGGCGACUGUUGUCAUGACACAAUGACACCUGACCUGACCGACCGACAUCGAGACCUGCACCCGACCUCUGACACGACAUUUUGACACCUGUCUGACCUGACUUCUGGGCAGUGACCUUGCUGCGACUCACUGAUUUAACAUGUAAACAGUAGCAUUCAAAACUGGAGUCUUAAUCCAUCUGUGAACAGCAACAUGCACAGUGUAUGUAGUUUGUGCUCAGCGUCAUGCUUUUAUGUCUUUUUUUUAAGUAGAUAUUUUUCAACCUUAACACCACUUUUAGCCAUGAACUAACCAGUGUACAACUACUGCAGCGGCACAUCAGGAUUUGUUGGCAGACUACAGAUAAAAUACUUUAAUUUCAAGAUUAAAAAUCUCACAAGUUAAAUUGUAGUUCAGGUGUUUUGCUGAAUUUUCCUUUUACAAACAAACAAACAAACUGUGCAGCAGCCUAAAAAAAGAUUCAUAAGGAUGGAUCUAGACGUUUUUUUUCCAGAUCUGGCUUGUCCUUUUUUCUCAUGUCAUGUUAUUCUGUGUUCAGUUUAGUUCAUAGGUGUUUAUCAGACCAACUGUACACUGUUUCUGUCUCAGUCAAAAAUAAAAAUCAGAUGAACAACUUA